AUGGCAAGCCACGGCGUUCCAAGGAUUGCGCCUACCGAGGCCAGGACGGGGCAGGCGCGCCAGAAAGAGCUCGAAAAGAUAGAGGAGUACGUAGACCUGGUGGCGCAAGUCAACAAAAAUAUUGCCGAGAGGCAUUUCACGAUCGAGGUGCUGGCCCUGACGUCAAAACUCUUGAAGAGGAACCCAGAGGACUACACGGUCUGGAACCACCGCCGUCUGAUAUUGCAGCAUCAUUUCAAAAACCCGCCUGCGGCUUCUGCGCAGUCACAGUCCGUAUCAACUGCACUUUCUGCGAGCCAGCAGUCGGUGCUUGACCUUAUCACUAGCGACCUUGGAUUCCUCGUUCCUCUGCUCGUCGCCUUUCCCAAGUGCUACUGGAUAUGGAACCAUAGGAUAUGGUUGCUGGAGCAGUCGACGAGUCAUUUGCCUGCUAUCACAGUGCGGCGGCUAUGGCAGGAUGAGCUAAGUCUCGUAGGCAAGAUGCUCAAUCGCGACAAACGAAACUUUCACGGAUGGAACUACCGACGGCUUGUGGUGGCCCAGCUUGAACUCCACUCACCUUCGGACGGUCACGCAGACUCGUCUGAUACUAGCAGACAGACCAGCAUGGUGGAGACAGAAUUCAUCUAUACAACAAAAAUGAUCAACAGCGACCUAGGUAACUUCUCGGCAUGGCACAACCGAAGCAAGCUGAUCCCUCGCCUACUGGAUGAACGACAAGCAGAUGCCGCCGCAAGACGCAAGAUGCUUGACGCCGAGUUUGACCUGACGCAGCAGGGACUCAUUGACCCAGAGAACCAAUCGAUGUGGUUCUAUCACCAAUCCUUGAUGAGUACACUCUCCCCAGAAUGUCCUCGGCAUGCGGCCAUCGUGCUGGACCUCACAAAUCACGAUCGCUGUGGAUAUUACGAGCGCGAAUUGGCCAGGGUCAAAGAGAUGCUUGACGAUUACCAGGACUGCAAAUGGGUCUAUCAAGCUCUGCUACAGUACGCAGCGGUCUACCGUGAGGUCGAUGCGGGGAAUAAAGCUUGCACGACUACAGAGAUGCGGCACUGGCUUCGAGAGCUUCAGAGGCUGGAUCCACUGCGAAGUGGAAGGUGGGAUGAUAUAGAGAAGAGUUUAGGACUAUAA